UAUGCGGGCAAAAUCGCGCGAACCAGUCGGUGCGGUGGGUGGUGUAGAAAAAAUAAUUGUAAAAUAAACAGUGAAAAUGUCAUCGGAUCACAAGAAAGAUGAAGGUGUGCCAAUAGAAGAAGCUAUUGAUAAAGCUGGAUUUGGCCUCUACAGCUACCUUCUAAUCUGCCUCACCGGACUCGGGAUCAUAUCGUUCGUCUGCAUCACCUUUGGAAGCACCAUCAUUAUUCCCGCAAGUGCCUGUGAGCUAGAAACCACCACUGCUCAGCAAGGGAUGCUAGCUGCCGCACCGGUUGUGGGCUCAGUGAUCGGCACGCUAGUAUGGGGUUACUUGGCAGACACGCGCGGUCGCAAGAACAUGCUCAUGUAUUCUUUAUUGGGCGGCGCUACAAUCAACUCCAUCGCCAGCAUCUCUGUCAACUGGAUCAUGCUGAUGUUGUUACAGUUCGUGGCGGCCAUUUUGUAAGUACAGCGUGACGUGG